UCCGUAAAGUUGCAUUUACAGCUGAUAAGUAUCCACAUAUUAAACGCAACCCUAACUUUAAAGAGAUAAACGAUGAGGACGUUUCCUACUUGGCAUCGAUUCUCUCUCAAAAUGCACUCAUCGUUGAUAAUGGUACAAAUUCAAGCGAUUUGACACCGUUUAAUGUUGACUGGAUGGGAAAAUACAGGGGUAAGUCUCGCGUCGUUGUGAGACCGAGAUCUGCUGAAGAGGUUGCAAAAGUAUUGAAAUAUUGCGGAGAGAAGAGAAUUGCAGUCGUACCACAAGGAGGAAAUACUGGACUUGUUGGUGGCAGCGUUCCAGUAUUCGAUGAAAUAGUAAUAAGCACGAAUUAUCUCAACAAAAUCAGAAGUUUUGAUCCGGUCGCCGGAAUCCUUGUAUCCGAUGCCGGUUGCGUUCUGGAAGUAUUAGACAAUCAUCUCGCCGAGCAUGGAUAUAUGAUGCCAUUGGAUUUGGGGGCAAAAGGAAGUUGUCAAGUCGGAGGAAAUGUUGCUACUAAUGCAGGAGGUUUGAGAUUUCUUCGCUAUGGUUCCUUGCACGGAUCCGUACUAGGAUUGGAAGUGGUUCUACCCGAUGGAACUAUAUUGGAUAAUUUGUUGACUUUGAGGAAGGAUAACACUGGUUAUGAUUUGAAACAAUUGUUUAUUGGCUCCGAAGGAACUCUUGGUAUUAUUACCGGUGUCUCAAUUGCUACGCCAAAAAGGCCAAAGGCUGUGAAUGUUGCAGUAUUCGGCCUGUCUUCGUUCGAAGACGUUCAAAAGGCAUUCCUGAAAUCAAAAGAAGACUUAACAGAAAUACUUUCAGCCUUUGAGUUUUGGGAUUUUGCGGCACUGCAACUAUGUCAAUUGUAUGGAACAAAUAGAUCCGAAUUUCCGCUGGGCCAGUAUCCGUUUUACGUUCUCAUGGAGACGAGCGGAUCGAAUAAGGAGCACGAUGAUGAGAAACUCGCGGCUUGUCUGGAGAGCCUAAUGGAUGCGUCAAUUGUUCAAGAUGGUGUUAUUGCGCAAGACAUAUCCCAGAUGAAUAAUCUCUGGUCGUUCCGUGAAGAUAUUCCUGAAGCAACCCACAAAGCAGGAGCAGUGUACAAGUACGAUAUAUCGCUACCAGUACCUGUAUUGUAUAAGAUGGUUGAGGAUAUGAGGAAACGACUUGAAGACAGUGGAUCUUUUGGGAAAGAUAAAGCUAUUACACAUGUUAUCGGAUUUGGCCAUCUAGGAGACGGCAAUUUGCAUCUGAAUAUUACAGCGAAAGAAUAUGACGAGGACGUAACUAAGCUUAUUGAGCCAUAUGUUUAUGAAUGGACGGGAAAGUACCGAGGCUCGAUAUCAGCAGAACACGGGUUGGGUCUAAUGAAAGCCAAUUAUCUCGGAUAUUCAAAACCCAAACCCAUGAUUGAAUUGAUGCGAAUGCUCAAGAAAAGUAUCGAUCCGAAUGGAAUAAUGAAUCCUUACAAGUUUUUGCCCAAUUGA